CAUAUUAUCAAGGUGAGAUAUGUUAGCGUGAUUAUCUAAUCUAACUAAUUCACUACUAAUUUUACCAUUGAACUGAACUUGGUGAAUCAAUGCAGUGAGUGAGCUUGAUGUAGAUUACGCCCACAUCGUGAACUAGUUGAUGUUGUAAUUGUAGUUAUUGAUGCACAAUAGAAUAUAUGAAUAACCACAUUCCAUUAUGACCAGUUUAUGUGCACUUUUACUACCAAAUUAUUGAGUGAACCAGACGAAGAGAACACCAAUCGGAUGAGUUCAUCCAUUAAUUCAUUUCACAAAUUUGAUUAGAUCUCAUAGGUCCGUAUCAGUAUAUAAACAUGAGGUGUUUCUUAUGUGAUCAACUAUCCACUCCAUUCCAAGUUCACUUCAUUUGACAGACAAAAUGCGUUUAUCAACGGUGUGCAACAUCUUAUGCCUCACAAUGCUCGUCACAUUCAUUCCCGCAUAUACACAUACGUUCCAAAUAUUUCUUUGAUAUACAUUAUAUUAUGUGAGACUCUUAUUGUUAAGAAAGUGAUUUGUUCGGGUUCAGCUGUUUUACCUGAUGUUAACAAUGACAUCAACGACACAUUUGGACAAGAUGAAAGCGAACAGCGAUUCACCCAAUCAACAACUGAAGAAAACAAAGGAGAUGAUGAUCAUGACGAAAAGGAGAAAUUCGAUAAGCAAGGAGUUAAGAAAAUGGAGUAUGCGAUAGUAAAUGAUAGUGUUGAUGAAAAUGAUCAUAAUAUUAUUAUGAAUAUUAAUAUCAAUGCAAAUGAAGGUCACGGAAAACAACCUGACAAUGGUGGUGAAAUUUUUAACGAUUUCCUUCAUUGAAUGUGAGGCACUUCACUGAAUACAGUAUCAUGAAGAGUUCUGAAGUCUGUUUGUUCGUCUGUUUUAUUAAACUGGUUACAGUAAACACAUUUGUGUAUUUUUGAUAUUGAAUUGAAAUGAAAUAAACAUGAGUGAAUUACGUUGUUGAUUUUCUUGAUUGACGAUCUAAUAACUAACUUUGAAGAACAGAAGUAGCAUUUUGUUGUUUGUUGUGGAUGAUGUUCUCAAUAUUAGGUUUAGGACCGAAAUUUAAUUGUAACCGCCUUUUGCCGUACGUCUUGAUGUCAGACCUGUUUGCAGCUUGUAGUUUUAGUUUGGGGUCAGGUGUGUUUUUCUCGAGUGCAGUAGGUGGUACUACACUAACCUCUGCCCCAGUGUCGACUAAAAACUGUGUGCCGGUUCUUU